AUUGCAAAUUUGAAUUUUGAAAUCUUAAUUUACCGGUUCGCCUAACAAUUCUGUUUAUUUCCAUAAUAAUGUCGAUUUUUAAUAGUUUCCCCGAUCUCCCAGGACCAGGGGAGACUGCCUUUUGUAAAAUAAACCAAACAUACUGUUGCGGAAACGUUCGUUAUGGAAACAUUACAACUUUUACUAAUUCGACUAAACAGCAUCCUAAGAUCAAUGUUACGAAGGACCUACAUCAUCACAGGUUAUCGGACGAAAACAUCACCAUGUAUGUGGAUGUCGAAGACAAUUUGUUGAAAAAAAUCACCAGCGUGUGGUAUAAACAAGGUUUUUUGGAAGCUCUGAGCGUAGCCGCAGAUCCCAACGUGAACAGGGAAAGCCAAGUUCUAGCUAUAACAGCAUCUUACGUGUUGAAAGUGACGAAUUUAUUUACUACAUUACGGUAUUUCAUGCAGCCACAUUUGAAGGACAUUGGGCCUAAAAUUGUGUCAAACUACUCGAGGACGAGAAAUUGGAGCAGUUCAUCAGUGAAAUGUAUAGCGUGGCAUCCACAUACCACUAAAAUAGCAUUGGCAACAGCGGAUGAUAAUGUGAGAGUUUAUUGUUCGGAGGUAUCGUUUGUGUCAACUUUGAAGUGCAAGGCGCAGGGCCACGUGUCGUCGUUGAGCUGGAGACCGUACUCUGCUUCAGAGAUUGCUGUGGGGUGUGAGCAGGGGGUCAUAGUGUGGACCGUUGACCCUAACUCCAUGUUCACUAAGCCAUCGUCAAGCAAUGCAGUGGUUUUGAAGAGAUCAGGACAUAGUCCAGUAACUGAUGUGAGCUGGUCUCCAAAUGGUGAUCUCCUGGUCAGCUGCAGCGGUGCAGACACUUCAAUGCUGGUGUGGGACGUUGGCAUGGAAACUGCAAUACCCUUGCGAAGAGUUGCUGGGGGUGGCAUUGUGUUUGCUAGAUGGUCUCUGAAUGCUAGUAAAAUAUUUGCUGCCACAUCUUCUAUUAUAUUUAGAGUAUGGGACACUCAACAAUGGACGCCGGAGCGCUGGUGCGCGCGGGGCUGUCGUGUGGUGGCGGCGUGUUGGGGACCCAAAGACAUGGUGCUGUUUGCUGCCAAGAGCGAACCCAUUGUCUAUGCCCUGAGCAAUUCUGGGAUAAUGAAUGGGGCAAAGACAACCAAGGCUCAACCAGUCGUAGAUGUAACAAAAGUAGAACUACCCUCCGGAGAGGCAGUGGGGGGUCCCAUACUGGACAUGAGUUGGGACCCCACGGGCAGCUACCUGGCUGUAAUGUAUGAGGAGACCCAUCUCAUCUCUGUGUUCUGUACUACUCAGAUGAUGAUGCAGCUUAGUGUCACUCCCUGUUGCUUCAUCAGCGGCAUAGACAAUGAAGUGCCAACAACCAUGGCCUUCCAACAGAACUUCACCGAGGGUGCUUGUCUGUCCAUCGCGUGGUCGAGCGGCAGGAUCCAACACUUCCCCAUCAUCUAUACUGAAAACUAUUGAUACUUACCACUGUGCCUGAUGCCUUGAAGAUAGAAUUUGGUUUCAUAAUGAUUAACUGUAUGUAUUUUUUCAUUUUAAAAUCUUUUUUUGAUUUCUCUGUCAAUUGUGCAUCAAUUUUGAAAAUACCCUCUUUUUUGUUUGAAAAGGGCAAUUUGGUAUAAGUAAUCCUAACUGAUUGAUUGACUGAUUGUAUUUUUGUAGUUUUAAAAGGCAUGUGUAAAAAGAUAAUUUGUAAAUAUAUAAUAUUUUUUUUAAA